AUGUAUAUUUUCUUCGAAAAUAGUGAGUCAUGUCCAUCGGGCUCGUGGAAUACAACUGGAAUAAGAGUAGCACGUGUUAAUCUUCCUGAAGAUGUAUUUGUUGAUAAUGAUGGUAAUAUUUAUGUGCCAGACAAUUCUAAUAGUAUACAAAAAUGGUUACCUAAUGCAACAAAUUCAAUAAUUGUAGCAGGUGGAAGUUUUGGUUCUGAUAUGAAUCAAUUAAAAAAUCCAAUCGGUAUUUUUGUACGUAAUAAUAAUUUAUACAUUGUUGACAACGGUAACUUUCGCGUACAAAAAUGGGCUUAUGGUGCCACUAGUGGUGUUACAGUUGCUGGAGGAAAUUCAAAAGGAUCUGCACUUAAUCAAUUGAGUAAUUGUUAUGGUAUUUAUGUGGAUGAACACGAAAAUGUAUACAUAGCGGAUAGAGAUAAUAAUCGUGUAAUGAAAUGGAUGCCUGGUGCAACUGAGGGUAUUGUUGUUGCUGGUGGAAAUGGUGAAGGUCGUAAUUCAAAUCAACUGACAUUUCCUCUGGGCAUAUACUUAGACAACGAUGCCAAUAUUUAUAUAGCAGACUAUUAUAAUGAUCGUGUUCAAAUGUGGGCACAAGGUGCUACAAAUGGUAUAACAGUAGCAGGCGGAAAUGGAGGAGGUAGUGCUCCUAAUCAGUUAUCCUUACCAAGAGCAGUUUCGGUUGACACACGAAAGAAUGUUUAUGUCCUUGAUACCUUCAAUGAUCGUGUGCAAAAAUGGGCUCCCCGCGCAUCAAGUGGUAUUACAAUAAUAGGAAGUGAUGGUCGAGGGAGCCGCCCAAAUCAAUUGCAAUCCCCAUUUGGGAUGAGGUUUGAUUCAAACGGUAACAUAUAUGUAGCAGAUACUUAUAAUUGGCGUAUACAAAAAUUUAGCUGUGAAAUUUUUGGUAAUCGUCAUCCACCAGCUAGUCUUCAUCGUUCAUCAUCAACAACUACAACAAAUCCAUUUGAAUCGACAUUUUGUGAUUUAAUUAAUGAUGAUAUGAUUCUUGAAAUGACGACUAAAUCAUUAGCUGGGCGAGUGGCUCUUGUCACAGGUGGAACAAGAGGCCUUGGCAAAGGCAUUGCUGUUGAAUUAGGAGCUGCUGGUGCUCUUGUCUAUGUCACAGGUCGUACAGUAAAAUCAUCGGAUGGUAAAAGUGGAAGUUUAGAAGAGACUGCAGAAGCUAUUCGUAAUCGAGGUGGUCAAUGUAUUCCAUUACGUGUUGAUCAUGAAAAUGCCAAUGAAGUUGAAGCAUUAUUUCAACGAAUUUCAAAGGAACAAGAUGGCCGAUUAGAUAUUCUAGUGAAUAAUGCAUAUAAGGGGGUUGAGCGUCUCUUGAUUGAAUCUGGUACAACAUUUUGGGAAACUGAACCAGAUAUUUUCGAUGACCUUAACAAUGUUGGUUUACGUAAUCAUUAUUAUUGUGCUGUUUAUGCUGCUCGAUUGAUGGUUCCUCGAAAACAAGGUUUAAUUAUAUUCAUAUCUUCAGUAGGCGGCCUGAUCUAUUUAUUUCAUGUAGCCUAUGGCUGUGAUCGUUUGGCAGCUGAUACAGCAAUAGAAUUAAAAAAGCACAAUGUUGCUUCAAUAUCACUUUGGCCAGGUCUUGUUGAAACAGAUACUGUUCAAGCAUCAGAACGUAAUGCCGGGUUUCAUAAAAUGUUUGAAACUUAUGGUAAAACAGAAUCAGCAGAAUAUGUUGGUCGUAUUAUUGCUCAUCUGGCACAGAAUUCAUCAUUGAUGCAAUACUCAGGAACGGUAGUGACUACGGCUGAUUAUGGAACAACUUAUAGUAUUCCUGAUAUAGAUGGUACAUAUCCGAGUAAUCCACGAUCGGUUAGUUUUCUUAUGAGACGAAUACCGGCGUUAAGUUGGUUAUCAGGAUGGAUUCCUGGCUUUUUAAAAAUACCUCAUUGGCUAUGGUACAAGCUGGUAACAAAUUUUCAGUUUUCACAACACAUUUUUUAA